UUUAUUUCAUCAAAUUAAUUUCUAAGCUUUUCAGAGUUUCCUCACUGCGUCACGCUGAGAUUGAGCUUCCUCGGUUUGUGCUUUGUUUAUAAUGGGAUGGAGGGUGUUUCCUUGUUUCUAUGUUUUAUUAUUUUUCAUUUAUUUAUUUUAUUUUUCCUUUUUUGUGAAGCACUUUGUGUUACAUUUCUCUUGUAUGAAAAGUGCUAUACAAAUAAAGUCUGAUUGAUUGAUUGAUAGAUAAACAUUUUUUUUAAUUUCUGAUAAAUGUGUCCUUAUAGAUGAGCUGUUGUGGCUUUUUAUGCAGUUUUAUAAUAAAUAAAAUAAAUAACUUUCUCUGGAGGCUGACCUGCUCCCCGGAAGUGUCCAGCAGCAGCAGCCGCAGAAGAAGUUGCAGCUGUUCGCUCAACAACAACUUUAGACCCUGACCCGUCUUUAACGGCUGGACCGGACCGGACCGGACUGGACCUGACUGGGGUGAUGGAGCCCCUCACAGCCUGCCCGGCUGAAGGUGUUCGGAUCAAAGCGGAGCCGGAAGGAGACGUGGAGAUCCGGGACUACCCGGUCCUCAGGAGGCUGUCCGUCAAACUGACCGACUGCAGGCGCUGGCUGGAGGGGCGGGAUUUCCUGUCUCUCGGUGACCACCCUGAGCUGGGCGUGCGGCGGGCGAGGCGGCGCCCAGCGACCAACACUGGCAGGAAGAUGGUUUACUGCUGCGACUGCAACCGCGGCUUCUACAAGGAGGCUCACCUGGAAGCGCACCGCCGCACGCACCGCGGCCUCAAAGCCAACGAGUGCUGGCAAUGCGGGAAGACGUACCCGACGCUGAUGAGCCUCGUGGUCCACCAGCAGAUCCACGACCGCCAGGAGCCAUACCGCUGCUCCUACUGCGACAGGACCUUCGCCCUGAAGAGGGACUGGAAGACGCACCACCGCACACACUCAGGCACCAAACCCUUCAAGUGCUGGUUCUGCGGGGACGGCUUCGCAGAGCGCCACGAGCUCAGCGAGCACCUGGAGCAGCACGACGGCGAGAAGUGCUACCACUGCCGAGUCUGCGACAAGAUGUUCGUGUCCUACCAGGGCUUCAACUUCCACCGCAAGUCCCACCGCAGCCAGAAGCUGCUGCCCUGCCUCACCUGCAGUAAGACCUUCAGCAACCCGCAGAGCCUGAAGCUGCACCAGGUCACGCACUCCAACAGGAAGCCGCACAAGUGUCCCACCUGCGGGAAAGGUUUCAAGCUGCAGAGCGGCCUGCGCUGCCACCAGCGCACCCACGAGGACCUGAAGGACUACCACUGCACAGAGUGUGGCAAGUGCUUCUCCAGCCUGCAGGGCCUGAAGCUGCACAACCGCACGCACACUGGACUCAAACCCUACAAGUGCUCCGAGUGCGGCAAGCGCUUCACCCAGUCGCCGCACCUCAAGUCCCACAUGGUCACCCACACCGGGGAGCGGCCGUUCCUUUGCACCACCUGCGGGAAGAGGUUCACGCAGUCAUCCCACCUGCGCUCCCACAUCACGCUGUUCCAUGUGGGUGAGAAGCCGUUCAGCUGCGGCGACUGCGGGAAGAGCUUCACCAUCGCCCACUACCUAAAGAUGCACCGUCUGAGCCACACCAAGGAGAAGCUGUACCAGUGCUCAUACUGCGAGAAGGCCUUCUCCUACCACAACUCGUGGCGGGCGCAUGAGCGCAUCCACACUGGCGAGCGGCCGUUCAGCUGCCGGGACUGUGGCCAGAGCUUCAUCACGUCGGGCUCGCUGCUCAGCCAUCAACGCUCCAAACACACGGGGGAAAAGAGCCACUACUGCAUCACCUGCGGGGAGUUCUUCUUCACCAGCUCGCUGCUGCGGGUGCACCAGCUGGACCACACCGGCGAGCGGCCACACGCCUGCAGCUGUGGCAAAACCUUCAAGACCAAAGGCGUGCUGCGCUACCACCUGAAAAGGUUCACGGAGCACCGGCCUGCACAGUGACGCCGCCGCAGGAAGUCAGGGGGCGGAGCCACAGCAGAAACACUCAGAGAAGAAGAAAGAUCAAAACACUAUGAAACAGAAACACUGAGGAGACUCUGACGAGACGCUGCAGCACGAAACUAAACAUGUUGAAGCACAUGAACAACUUCUACCCGUUUAUAUACAGUUUAACAAAAAGGAUGAACCCUCUAAAGUUACCUGGAUUAAUCUUAAAAUCUGAUCCGUAUCUAAGUCCUGAGUAAAGACAAACGCCUAACACCACACAAACAGUUACCAUAUUUCAUGUUUUUAUUGAGUAUGUCCAGGAAACAUUCAGAGUGCUGGUGGAAAAAGUAAGUUAACUCUUCGGCUAAUGACUCCAUCCAAAGCUAACUGGAGUCGGACAGUGAACUGAGAUGCGAGUCAUGUAGAGACUCUCUGUAAAAACACUCAAACUUUGUCAGUUUUCUGUUUACAAGAAGCUUCUGCUCUGUGAACCAGGGCUCACAAAAAACAUCUGAAUAGCUGCAAUCAGGAACUGUUGAUCUGCAUCAGACUGGAAAGGGUUAAAGUCACCUCAAAGAUUUCAGGUGCUCACCUGUCCACAGAGGGACGUUCUAGUCCUGUGUUUGCUAUCUAGAGCCCAUCUAGGUUCCCUCAGGCCGACACAGAAGCUCAGUGAGGUGAAGAGAACUCAAAGCUGAAGGAUCUCUGGAGCUUCACGUCUGAUCAGAGUCUCAGUGAACAGACGUCCAGCUGCUGCUUCACUAAAACAUCUCUGUACUACACAACACUGCUGGCGAAUGUUUAGUGGACUGAUGAGCCUAACCCUACACCAGCACUACACCUGGUGUAAAAAGGGGCCACAUUCCAACAUGAGAACAUCAUCCCAGUAGUGCAGUGUGGUGGAGGGAGCGUUGGAGUCGGCCUGCUGGACAGCUGCUGAGUUUAUCCUGCAGGUGAAUGUCUGACGUCCGUCUGCAGCAGGAUAAAGACCUGAAACAUCAAAGUAAGACGUGUCUGAGCUGCAGCAGGUCUGCAGGAGUGUCUGCAGCUCUGAUCAGCUGUCAGGAGGCUGACUUGUUAUUAAUCAAGUGUUCACUUACUGUUUCCACAAGCACUCUGAAUGUUUAAUGAAUGUGUUCAAUAAAAACAUGAUUUUAGAAUUCACAUUAGCCUUAACAUUAGGGUUAUGCAAUAUAUGAAGCGAAUCAAAAUUAAUUUUCGUUAAUGACUAAUCUUCAGAUCGACGUCCAUUACAUCUUAAUAUUGGCAUCAGCAAAGGAGUGACAGUCCUUUGAACACGUUGGGGUCAGGUUGAAGAAAUUGAAUGUUCAAUUUCUCAGAGCAACACAUCUCCUCAUGGAGUUGAUCAGGUUGUCUGUCGUUGCCUGUGGAAGGUUAUUCCAUUCUUCCUGGAGGGCCACACGGAGCUGGUCGCAGACACGUUGAUCCAGAACAUCCCAAAGAUGUUCUAUGGGCGACAUGUCUGGCAAUACGAACUCUCAAACGGCCCAUCUUCUGAUAAUUAACAUCCAGCUGCACAGCGACCUCUGGUGGACAUCCCUGCAUCCAUUAUGACCUGAGACAUCUGAGGCAUGAUGACUUAGGACAAAGUCUGACAUUUUGGGGUGGCGUUUUCUUGUCCUCAGUAUAAGGAGUGUCUGGGUACUGCUCAUUCUGUCUGAUCACUGUCUGGAGAUACUAAACCUGUGUACUGAGUGAAAUCAUUGCAUCAAUGAGCAAAUGCUCCCUGACAGAGAGAUGGAUUUAAAAUGUUACACAAAUCAAGAGAAAUAAUCCUAUUAUACAAGUAAAAGUCAGCAUAUGUUCAUUUAGAGUUGUUAACGCCAUGUGGCAUCAAUAUUUAACAUGGGGCGUUUAUAUUUUUGUUCAGUAUAAUUGUUUGUGUGGUGUUUGUCUUUACUCAGAACUUAGAUCAGAUCAGAUCAAAUUUUAUGACAAGCUGCUGCAGAAACCACUUCAGAGGUUCACUUCUUUUUCUGUCUGUAUUAAUGACUUGUCCACAGCUUUCUGUUUCGUUUAGCGCUUUUUCUUCUCAGCUGAACGUCUGAGCUGUUCUGCAGAUCGUGUGUGUCGUGGUUCUUCAUGUUGGGGUCAGAAACGAGACGUCUCUGCUGGCUUCAUCUGUUGGUCCAGGUCCAAAAGAUUCAGAAGCUCCCACUCCACCUCAAGGCUUUAACAUCAGUCUGUCAGAGUGUUUCUGUCUGCUGCUCUGAGGUUUAUUAUUCUGCUCUAAGCAUGUUUUAGUCCAGUGAGUCUGUGACAUCAUCACCUGACCUCAGAUCACCUGACCAGCGGUGAGGCGUUCACUGACUCUUUGUUUUCUCUAAAUGGAACCAUGUGAUUCUGAUGGGUUUGAACACCACAGAAGAAGAAACAGAGCCACUGAUCAAAGGGACAGAAACCGUUUCCUAUUUCUGAUUAUUAAACUUUUCUCAUACUGUCGUUCUUUAACUUUUGGUUUUGUCCAAAAUCAAUAAAACGAAAUACUGA